GGUGAGCACGUAAUCUUACGUGUACGUAUGUCUUCCUAGUGCUCCCUAUUUAUAGAUCUUAAAUUUUUUUAAAUUGGAAUAUAAAAUCUACCGACUCAUAAUAGGCUUGACUCCCAAUCCAUCUCUGAACACGGACAAAAUUUUCUGUACUCUCCUAAGCCUGACAAGAUGCAGGCCUUGGUAUGCAGAAAACUGGGUGAUCCGACUGUACCUAUCUCAGAAACCUCACCAGUAUACAUUAGAAACGAUUAUCCUGUUCCUCAGUUGAUUUCACCCACAUCUGUUCUGAUCAGAGUCAAGGCUGCGAGUGUGAAUUAUGCCACAGUUUUGGCGUGCAUGGGGAAACACCCGGAAAAACCUCCACUUCCAUUUGUCCCAGGUAGCGAUUUCUCUGGAACUGUGGAAGAAAUAGGGACGGGGGUCACAAGAAUCAAAGUUGGGGACCGGGUAAUUGGCUUUGAAGAUGGCACUUACGCCGAAAAAGUUGUGGUGGAGGAGAAGAAGCUAUUCAUAGUCCCCCUAGGAUGUGAUUUGGUUGCCGCUGGUGGGCUUCCAAUAGCAUUUGGUACUUCACAUGUUGGGCUUGUACACCGAGCUGGACUAUGCCCUGGCCAGGUUCUGCUUGUUCUUGGAGCAGCAGGUGGAGUUGGAUUGUCAGCUGUGCAGAUUGGAAAGGUUUGUGGGGCAGUUGUAAUUGCUGUUGCAAGGGGACCCGAAAAGGAACGUCUUCUCAAGUCAUUAGGAGCUGACCACGUGGUUGACUCUACUGUUAGUAAUAUAAUUCCCUAUGUACGGGAGUUCCUCAAAUCAAGAAAUCUUAAAGGAGUUGAUGUUCUUUAUGAUCCUGUUGGAGGUAAGCUUUUAAAAGAUAGCUUGAAGCUUUUGAAUUGGGGAGCCAAGAUUUUGGUCAUGGGAUUUGCGAGUGGAGAAAUUCCUGUUAUUCCUGCAAAUAUUGCCCUUAUAAAGAACUGGACAGUGCAUGGACUUAACUGGGGAAGCUAUAGAAUUCAUCAACCAGAAGUAUAUGGAAAUUCUAUUCAAGAGUCGCUCACAUGGCUAGCAAAGGGAUUAAUACGCAUAAAUAUAUCUCAUACAUACAGGUUGUCAGAGGCAAACCUUGCAUUUGCUGCAGUUUUUUUAAGAAAAGCUAUGGGUAAGGUAAUGAUCUGCAUGGAAGAUAGUUCAUUGGAUGAUGACAAAGUAGCCAGGUCAAAGAUUUAAAAUUUGACGUCACAGGGAAAGAUUAAUAAAGAGAGAAACGAGGCAACAAAAGUAAUUGGCAUUGGAGAAAUAAAGCAUCAUAUUGAAAGAUAACUGUUUAGUUUCUCUAAAGCAUUAUGCUAAAAAUUUGUAUAUCAUGUCAUGUUGAAUUUAUAACAACUAGAGAAGACGGUGACUCGAAAUAAGUGUUCUUUUAUGCUUGAAUGGACGGCCUAUUUGAGGUUGUGGUCAAUGUUCAACACAAAUUCACACAGUUCCCAUAAGUGCUCUUCUGUUUCAAUCAGUUAUCACAGGGUUGGUUUGAAUGAUAAAUUAUGUAAUAUAGUCCUAUUCUUAUUCAUUACUAAUGUACCCUGAUUUGAAAGCGUCUUUAUGCCCA